AUGGGUUCAUUUGUGGGGCAAUGGAAGGAGUACAAGAUUUUGACCGUGGUGUUGGUCUUUCUGGUUUGGAUCCUCUAUUUCAAGAUCACCUGGCCUGACAGCACCAUCCCUCGGCCCCCAGCACCCUGCUGUGCCUCGAAAUCUGCCAAGUCCACAGAUUCUCCCUCCUUCUUGGAGUCUGGCUCCCAGGAGCUUGCCAACCUGACCCAUCUUUUGUACUGGCCUCCGACCCCAGGUGAUAACGGGGAUCUAUUGGCCUCCACCAGCCCCCAGAAUUCCACCUACCACCUGAGGGGUCCUGCCCAAGCCAGCUAUGCCCUGGGAGGCUACCUGGAGGCCAUCCUUGUGGCCAGAGACUAUCGGGGCAGGCCCAAGACCCAUGGUGGGGAUCUGUUUCGGGCACAGCUGCUAGGUCCCAACUUGAAGGCAGGGGUCCCUGGAGAUGUCCAGGAUCUGGAGAAUGGCACAUACCUGCUGUCCUUCCCCCUUCUCUGGGCUGGGCAGGCCCAGGUGCAAGUGAGGCUGAUCCAUUCCAGUGAGGCAGUUGGAGUUCUGAGAAGAAUCUGGAUAAAUAAAAAAGCCACUGUUGAUUUUAGAGGCUAUUUCCGAGGACCCACAGGAACGGAAGAGACUGUGAUUUGCAAUGUUGACCCUCAGUCAACUGGAGCAAGAGGGCCUACCUGCCAGUACAGGGAUGUGGAUUCGGGUGAACUCUGGUUCUGUGCCCAACCUUCUACCUUGCCCUGCAACUCUUUAGUUGGACACUCAAGUGGAAGUUACCUGAAUGUGACUACUCUACAUGAUGAGGCCCUGUUGGCAUGGAAAGUGACAGACAAGGUGCUCCCUCAGGGCAUUUCUCCGAUCCAGGUCAGAACAGCCGCCCCAGGAAACAGCAGCCUGGCCCUAUCCCCACGUCCCCCAUGCUAUCCUGGGCUCCCUGCCACAAAGCCCUCUGGCUUCUACCAUGGAGACGUGUGGCACUCGCUGUCCUGCUCCAGCCGCUCCUUCCCCACUGUUGACAGCAUCCUGGACUGCCUGGCGGGUCGCAUGGUCCACAUGAUGGGGGACUCCACGCUUCGCCAGUGGUGGGAGUAUCUGCGUGACACUGUGCCCUCCCUGAAGCCCAUGGAUCUACACACCACGUAUCAGACAGGGCCCCUGAUGGCUGUGGAGACCACUCGGAACAUAGUGCUGCACUGGCGGGCCCACAGAUGGCCCCUGAGAUCCCUCCGCACACCAGUCGCCUCCCUGCACUCCGUGGUCCAGGAGCUGAGGGGCCUGGCCGGGGGCCCCCACACUGUGGUGGUGCUCGGGCUGGGCGCCCACUUCACCACCUUCCCUCCAUCCACUUUUGUGCGACGACUGGCAGGGAUCCGGGAAGCUGUGGCUGCGCUGCUGGCCCGAGAGUCUCGCACUCUUGUGGUCAUCAAACUGGCCAACACCGGCUACAAGUCCGUGUAUGGCAGUGACUGGUUCACCCUGCACGUGAAUCGGCUCCUCCGAGCUGCCUUUGCAGACCUCCGUGUGGCCUUUGUGGAUGCCUGGGAAAUGACCUCCAGCCUGGCCCUGCCCGACAGCAUCCACCCAGGGCGGCUCAUUGUCCGCAAUGAGGUGGAUUUGUUUGUCAGUUUCUUU